CGCAGCUAAGGUGCAGUAAAGCUGAACAGCAGCGACUGGCCUGAGCGAACCGAAGACUCCUGAAGGAGCAACUUUGGUCUGCGGAGGGAAUUUAGCUAGAUAUUAUUAAUCACAUUACUCUGUUUAUUGGCUGACCGAGGCUGGGGAGCUUUUACGAGCAGUUUUAUUACCCCGUGCCUCUUUAUUCCCGCUGUUUUAUCUGUGGGGAGCUGAGUGAGGCGGGCGCCAUGGCCAGCGGUCGGAGUGUGGAGCCCCUCAGUUUCAGCGAAAGCAGCUAGCGAGCUUCAUUUGGAGAAGAGCAGCUACUUCUGCGGGCGGAGAGUGGAAGACUGGAGCUUUCUUUAAAACCAAACUAAGCUAGCUGACUAGCUAACGAGAGGACACGUCCUGAAUUUUGUCCGUUUCCAUGCUGAAUAUAAUUUUACGAGCCUAGCAACAGCUAAGUUAGCUGGAGAACUAGCGAGCUAAGCUAUCUGUAAUUCGCCUCACUAACGUAGUUAGCAAGCUAGCUAACCUGAGGUAAACGGGCAGGACGGGAUUGGACUCUCUCAGAUAUUUUUGAGAAAAUGUAUUAUUUUUAACAGCUCCAUAUCCGUGCCAUUUGUGUCAAUUAAAUGUCUUCGUUUUAACCAUCUAAAAAAAGUGACUGCAGCUGUUUUUGAGGGCACACAUUUCAUGGCUUUGUCCCUCAAACACUGUGUCCAGGAAAUUUAGCGUUAGCUAGCCUAAGCUAACGCCAGCUAUUCUAACUAACAGCACAGCGUGGUGGAGUUGGCUUUUCUCCUCUCUCUGAUAAAAAACCCACUUUAAACCACGAAGUAAAACAGGAGAAUCUUUCAGAAGAAAGGGAAACAGAUUUUGGAGCCGUUGUCGCUGGAGAAACCCAGAGGAAAAGGCUGAGAAAUGUCAGGUCGGCCAAGAACCACCUCCUUUGCGGAGAGCAAACCCGUGUCGCAGCCUUUAGCGUUUGGCAACGUCAAAGUGAGCCGGGAUAAAGAUGGCAGUAAGGUGACGACGGUGGGAGCGACCCCAGGGCAGGGUCCAGACAGGCCUCAGGAGGUCAGUUACACGGACACGAAGGUCAUUGGAAAUGGCUCUUUUGGUGUGGUCUACCAGGCUAAGCUCUGCGACACUGGAGAGCUGGUCGCCAUUAAGAAGGUCCUGCAGGACAAGAGGUUCAAGAACCGUGAGCUACAGAUCAUGAGGAAGCUGGACCAUUGCAACAUUGUUCGCCUGCGUUAUUUCUUCUACUCCAGUGGGGAUAAGAAGGACGAAGUGUACCUGAACUUGGUGCUGGACUACGUCCCAGAGACUGUCUACCGAGUUUCCAGGCAUUACAGCCGAGCCAAGCAGAUCCUUCCCAUGCUUUAUGUAAAGCUGUAUAUGUACCAGUUGUUCCGCAGUUUGGCAUACAUCCACUCCUUUGGGAUCUGCCAUCGGGACAUCAAGCCCCAGAACCUACUGCUGGACCCUGAGACUGCUGUGCUCAAAUUAUGUGAUUUUGGCAGCGCUAAGCAGCUGGUGCGUGGUGAGCCCAAUGUCUCCUACAUCUGCUCUCGCUACUACCGAGCCCCUGAGCUCAUCUUUGGAGCCACAGACUACACCUCUAGCAUAGAUGUGUGGUCAGCUGGCUGUGUGCUAGCGGAGCUUCUUCUGGGGCAGCCCAUCUUCCCUGGGGACAGUGGGGUUGACCAGCUAGUUGAAAUCAUCAAGGUCCUGGGGACCCCCACUCGUGAGCAGAUCCGUGAGAUGAACCCCAACUACACGGAAUUCAAGUUUCCUCAAAUUAAAGCCCACCCGUGGACUAAGGUGUUCAGACCGAAGACCCCUCCUGAGGCGAUUGCUCUGUGUUCUCGGUUGCUGGAGUAUACACCCACAGCACGCUUUACUCCUCUGGAGGCCUGCGCCCAUGCCUUCUUUGACGAGCUACGCGUACCAACCCUCAAACUCCCCAAUGGCCGAGAGAGACCACCACUCUUCAACUUCACCACCCAGGAGUUGUCCAGUAACCCAUCGCUGGCAUCCAUACUUAUCCCUGCACAUGCCCGCAAUCAGGCCGGAGCCUCCCCUCCCUCAAACGCCUCAUCUACGGCAGAUGUCAGCAGCGGCGAACGCGGCCCAACCACCAACGCUGCCUCCGCUUCUGCCCCAAACCCCUCGACCUGAGCCCCACCCACCUCUCAACAGGCCAACCCCCAUGAUGCUGCUCAUUUACAAUGCCCACUCCCCAAGUUAGGGGCGCGGCUACAAAAAAAAGAACGAAAGAAAAAAAAGAAAACAAGUCAUGACGAGGCACGGACAAACCUACCGAACUUUCUCUCCCCUCAACCCCUCGCCAUUUGUUUUAUUUUUAUUGUCGUUUUAUAAUUUAUUUAUACUAAAGGACAACAAGGAUGUCUUUAAAAAAACAAAAACAAAAAAAAAAAACAGCCUCGCAUUCGUUCUCGACUCGGGGACAAGAGGACUCUGGGACUGUGGAGAAGUUGAACAAUAAUGAUGAUGAUAAUUAUGAUAUAUUAUAUAUAUAUAUAUAUAUAUAUAUAUAUACACACACACAGACACACCCACACAUACACACACGUCUGCUUAUGUAGAGAUACGUAGAGAUAUGUAGAGCGACAAAUAUGAGGCUUUGUGUGUCUCUUUUUGAAUCGUAAUUUAAUUUUUGUUUUAUUUUAUUUUUUUAAAGGGUGAUUGGUUCACAGUAGCCUUUGUUGCCGCCCGUCUAGUCAUUAAAAGCAAAAGCGGAUUUCUUCACUUUAGCUCCCAGCCUUGUGACCCUUGCCCUUCUGGUGCAGGACCCAAAAGAACAAAAACGUUGAACCGAACACAACAGACGUUCUCAGCUUUGGGUCGUCUGAGAGACGAUCAGUGUGUCUCAGUGUGUACUGAAGCAUCUCGGAGUAAAUGUGCGCUGCUGAACUAGGAUUGUUCUGAGCUCUGAAAGCUCAUUAAGAUAAGGGCAAAGACUGAUCCCAGAUCAAAGAUAAGAUGAUGGUUUAUACUGAUGUAUAAACGACAGUUGUGUAUCUUUUUGUGUGCGUUUGUUUUUGUUCGUUUGUUUUUUCCCAUCAUAAUGGUUAAGGUUCUGAUUUGGGUUGGGUUGAGUCGACUGAUCCCAGAUCAGCUUAAACAUAAGGGCUACUUCCACCUGCAAGUGGGCGAGAGCAGAUUUCCUAGGCUUUGCGGACUGCACAUUGGUUUCCUGUGAAAUACCUUUGUCUAUAACGUUAUAUAAUGUCUAUAAUGUUGCCUUUUCACUUCUUGUGUGGGGUUGAUACACGUGGGGUUGUAUGCUCGGCUUCGACGGUAUGCUGCUUUAUCCUUAAUGUUUCUUUGUUCUGUAUGUUUUUCUGUUCCUUGUUUUUCUUUUUAAAAGUGUGUUUAAAGGAGUAUACCUCUGUUUUUACCUUCCCUCCUCCACAUACAUGCUAGUCUUCCCUUCUUCUUCCGUUUACUGUGUACACUCACUUUGAAACGCUUGGGUUUUUGCGUGCGUUUGUGUGAGUGCGUGUAUGUGCGUGCAUGAGCACGCAUGCUGUCGUUGUAGUAUGUCUACUGUAUUUAAAAUAUGCCGACCCCUAGAGGGCGUCAGUGAGCAGAGGAAAAAAAUUAUAUAUGUAUACACACAAAAAUAAACAAGCGAUGACAAACGAAGACGUUUUCAAGAAGUAGUUCAGGAGCGAAGAUCAGGGCUGAGUCUAAUCAAUGUAGUCUCGAGCUGUACAUACAUUUCUUGCCCUAGCCAUAGAAUGCAAAAUGGCCAACGGAGACGCAGCGGGGGCGGCUGCGAAGUGUAUGUGGUAGUUUCGGAGUGCCUUUACUUCCACUGAUUCUUUUAUGUCGCCAUUUCUCUGUUCUGGUCUGUUCUGUAGAACUGAGCCUUUCCCUGCUGAUCUUUUGACGUAUUUUACGAUCUUUGCAGAGAUUUGCAUAGGUUGCGGGAAAGGUAGGAAGAGACUGAAGGGGUUUUUGGACAAUGUUUGUUUUUGUUUGCUUGUUUAAAAUAGUAUUAAGAGCAAAAGCUAAUCGGCAUUACUGGCAUUACCGGCAUUUUCCGGAACUCCUUCCGCCCAGAUGGUGUUAUGUCAAAUUUGUACAAAGAAAACCACUAUGGAAGAAAAUCUAGAACAGAUCGUGAUAGCAGUAACAGAAGCUGAAUAAAAAAAAGCAAAAAUGCCUAUUUGCUGCUGAUCUGAGACCAGUUUUCAGUUUUGUGCUCUCUUGUUAAGCAUUAAUCUCAGUGGUUCAGGAUGUUUGGGUCGGGUUGAGCUGGUUCAGGAUCAGUGCGAAUGAGGCGAUGAUUUCUCUCAUAGCGUAAUGGACCUCCCUGGAGUGCUGUUGAAAGGCUGCUGCUCUGCUUCUGUUGAAUCCACAGUUCUAGUCUCGUGUUUUUGGGCCUUUGUUAUGUGCUAUUGUUAAAGUCUUCUACAAACUAACCAGAGCUUGUUUAACAUUCAUGUAAAAUCUAGAUUUUUAGUGAAAAAUUUCACACUGCUGCUUCAAACCUGACUAGUGCGCCCCAUGUGGGUGGAAAUUCUGUGAACUUGAGGGAUGUCUGACAUAGAUAUCGUCUCUCUAAUUGGCUGCUUUUCUUUACUCUCUACUCUGCUUGUUUCUCAGUAAGCCCCACCUUCAAACAAGUUCCUAACCUGCAUUUUUUUUUCAAACUUGCUAUCAUAGUAACCUCAAUCUCGCUUAAUAAUGUGAUGCACCUCCCGUUCUGUUUCAAAUUGCAUUGUGGGAUAACAGUUUCAAUCUAAACCACACUCAAAAAGUGGUCCGGUUCAGAGCGUGGAUUGUAGAAAUUUGCUCAUAUACUUAGUUUUGACUACGUACUAAGUACUUCAUACUCAAAAAGUAGUUAGUAUGUAAUUAGAAUGCAGCCAUUGUAUUUACGAGGAUAUGCAAGGGUAAGAACCUGUUCCAAAACACAAACAAAAUCAAGGGAUUUAACUGCGUUUACCUUGAUUUACAAACAACUAAAUCUUAUCUGAAGUUAAGUCAGACUUUCCCAGACAUGGAUUAAGCCUAGUCUUGGAUUACAUAGCAUUUUGAAUAGAGAUUCUUCAUUACAAGAAAGAUGUAGUCUACUUUUAGGCCACAUUUCUUUUUUUAUUUUAUAAUGAAAAUGCUAUGUAAUAUUUAGUGUAAAAAAAAAAGAAAAAAGAAAAUUUAAUUGCACAUUUUCAAAAUAAUACCAGAUAAUACCUGAUUCAGAUGCUUAUUUACAUCCCUAGAGUUUGUUGAAUUGGACAAUGUUUUUUUUUAUCCCCAUGAUGGUGCUUAUUCAUUAUCAUCCCUGUUUUCCUUUCUGUAGUGUGAUCUGUAUUGAAACUAGGGGUGGACGAUAUUUAUAGGCAUUCUAACGAUAUGUAAUAUUUCUUGUGCUUUUGUGUCACACAGAUGAAAUGCAUUAGUUGGGGCAGAUUCUUAAACCUGCACUCUCUACCAUAGUUGGUACAGUAUUUUUAUGCAAAAUGUACCACUGGAUUAAUUACAAACUGUGUAAUUAAAUGAGCUGUUAGCAGUUAAUUGGUCAGUUUUCGUUUUAAGCACUGAGGAAAUUCACAAUAUUUUCAUGCUUAUAAAUGCAUAUUGUGCAUCACGAUAACAAAAUUGCUCAUAAUACAUUAUAUUGUGAUAACAAUAUUGCCAAAUUGCCCACCCCUAAAUGAGAACCUUUAUGGCUCAGAGAAAAACAUGUAAAAAAAAAAACAAAAUGAAUUAAUGUUUUAAAGAAGAAGGUAUACAUGUUUAUGGAGUUUUAACCUAGCUUGAGGUUUGCUUGUUUAUUUGUCUAUUUGUCAAUUAUAUAUUUUUUUCUGCUAACCAGCUAACCAUUAAGAAAGGGAUAUAAAAUAAAUGAUGUCAUACUCUACAGUAUUACCUAAUCAACUAUGGCAAUAAGUAUUACACAAUUGAUGAUCACUUCUUUUUUUGUUUGUUGUUGUUUUUUUGUUUGUUUUAUUUUCUAUGUCUACAAAGCUGUAACAUACCGCUUUCAGCAGCACUCAAAGGGGGAUAUGUCAUGUAGCACCAAGUACAUAAUUAAAAGCGUAAUAAUAAUAAUACCAUUAAUAAUACAUGUAAGCGUAUGUAAAUGCUUUCCUUCUUUAAAUCCUACAACAGCCAUAGAUAUGUCGCUUCCCACACCACGACUGCGAAACGCAUCAGAUCACGUUCAGACACGUGACAUUUCGGGGAAGAUCGUAACCUGUCCGUCACGCAGUUUUUUUAUUUUUUCUUAUUUUUUAUUUUUUUAUGAAAUUGCUUUAAAAACAAAGACGACAAACUGAAAUUAAAUUAACAGGAUAAAAAAGGGUUGCUGCAUAUUUGGACAUAAACUUGUGUAUAGCUGUUGGCAGUUGACAAAGAGACUUUGUAACCACAGACAAAAAGAAGAACACGACUAUGACAUUGCUAUUACUUGAAUGCCUGUUGACUAUUUUUUUUAUAUACAUAUAUCUAUAUAUAUAUAUAUAUAUAUAUAUAUAUAUAUAUAUAUAUAUAUAUAUAUAUAUAUAUAUAUAUAUAUAUAUAUAUAUAUAUAUAAUUUCAUCCAAAACAGAUCUGUUUGUUUUCCCUCCUGUGAUGGUUAUGCUCAAUGUCUCUCUCUGUAAAUACUGUUCCGUUCUCCUGUGUAAAAUGGUUCAGAGAAGUAGUUACCCGGUACUGUAAUUUGCAUUGAAUAAAGUGUAGGUUAGCCUGAAAUCACACUGAAAA